AUGUUUCUCGCCCUGUUCGCCUUCUUGGUAGUUUCAGUGAAUGCUUUGCCCAGGGUCCUCCACGCAAAAGUAACACCGACACCGACAACGCCAUUAGUAUCACCUAGUCUGCAUCCUAGCAGUCAAAUGAUGAGUUCAAUGGUUGCUAUGACUCCAUCAACACAUCCGACAAACCAUGCUAUCCCCAACGCUCCUAUCGCUGAGUUUGAGGAUGUUAGCACGACAUCUACAACAUCUACGGCGGCAUCAUUAUCGGCUAGUGCUAUUGCUACCACGGAAUCUUUGACUUCGGCCCUUGGCCUUUUGUCGAGUUUGACGGGGUUGCUGUCAUCCCUCACAGAGUUGUUGGGUUUGGCAUAA